GUGUCCCUCAGAUGAUCAAUGAGUUCCACUCUUUGUUGAGCCUGGUGGGAGCAGAGAGACCCCUGGUGGUCCUGCUGGACGGGUUAGAUGAGCUGUCAGAGGAGUGUGGUCCAGACCUCUCCUGGAUCUCAACCCCUCUACCUCCAAAUGUCCACUUCAUCCUUUCUGCAACCACUGACUCCCCCUGCUCUCACACUCUGCAGCAGUCAACCCGUACCAUCGUCCUGUCCCUUCCUCCACUCAGUCUUGAUGAUAUCAUGCCAGCAUUAGAGGCCAAACUGCGGGCUGACCAGCGGCGUCUGCAGGAACAGCAGUGUCAGCUGCUGGUCCAGGCCUGUCUCUCCUGUCCCUGCCCUCUGUACCUGGAAGCAGCGUACUCUGAGAGCCUGCUCUGGACCUCCUUCUCCCCUCAGGUCAACCUCAGCCUUCCAGCCAGCCUGAAGGGCCUCUACCUUGGCCUCCUGGCUCGCCUGGAGAGAAACCUGGGGAGGCAACUGGUGAGACGGGCUGCAUCUCUGAUCUCCAUUUCACGUUGGGGUGUCACUCAAGAGGAAUUACUCAACCUACUGGCCAAAGAUGGGAAGGUGCUCCAGGAAGUGACCUCAACUCACCCCUCCUCCUCCUCCAGCCAACCCAGGGUUCCUUAUGUCUUGUGGGCUCGACUGAAACGUGACCUUGGCCAUCACCUAACUGAGGUCAGGACAGAUGGAACGUGGGUGUACCGCUGGACGCAUUCUGAGCUGAGCCGUGUGUGCAUAGAUCUUUAUUUAAAUACAAGUGACUCUCGCGUGGCAGUGCACGCCGACUAUGCUGACUACUACCGGGAAAAGUCACAGUACGCACACAUAUUUCAGCCACUGGCAUGGACACUGGAUGAUGAAGAGGACGGAGGACAAAAGGCUAAAAGUUACAGAUUCAAUUUGAGGAAACUCAAUGGGUUACCUUACCACCUGGUCCACUCAGGCCAAAUCUUGCCCUUCCUGUCUGAGUGCAUUUUCAACUAUGAGUUCCUGCUACAUAAGGCCUGGGGUUUGUCUAUCCUGGACAUAGAGGAGGACCUGAAGAAGGCUGUGCUGCCAGACAAGUAGGGACUAUCAG